GCCGACCCGGUCUCUGCCCGCACAUCCGCCGCCUGGUGCCCGACCUGUCCCAGGCUCCUCCUCACCACAUCGCCGGCCUCGCCCGCGGCCAGUUCGUCGGCGAGCCAUCGCUGUGUGGCAACUUGUGCAUCCACGACAAGGUCUGCGCCAGCCACCAGAAGUGCUGCCCAACCAGCUGCGGCUACGCCUGCCAGGACACCGUCCACAUCCACGAGGACAGCGAGGAGUACUGAGUCGUCACUUCGCGACAGUAAUUUUAUAGCCGGCUGUUGAUUCAAUCCACAUCACCGAGUGCGUAUUUAUUAUUUAUUGAUUAAAUUAUUCCCGUAAAAUGGACUUGAUUCUAGAAUUUGCCAAUAAAAACUUGGAUUCCUAA